UUUCAGACAAGGCGAGGACUUCUCUGCUUUCGACAAAGCACAUCCAUCCAUCCAUCCAUCCAUCCGCUUCCACCUCCAUUUCCACUGCUCCUCUCCCAAGCGCCUUAACAGCUGCUGCUGCUGCUCAGUCUCUCAGUUCUUUCCCCCAUCACCCCCCGAACCGCAAGAAGAUGAUCUGUGGACUCGUCGCUUCCACCAAUAUUUUUCCCUCGGCUUUUACCUCUUUCUCCAAUCUCGAGCGGCCCAAGAAGCUCCUCCUCCAAUGGCGUUCUUCAGGACCCCUUCCCGUGCACUGCUCUGCUUCCAGUCCUCGCAUGUCCUUAGCCACCGAAACUGAGGGGGCCGAGCCUCCUUUAACCGGUGGUUCUUAUGAUUUCUUGAGCGCAACCACAUCGCUUACGGAGAAAAUGUUGGAAUGUCCGAAGAAGGUCACUCUUGUAAGGCACGGGCUUAGCUCUUGGAACGAAGAAAGUAGAGUUCAGGGAAGCUCGAACCUCUCUGUGUUGACUGAAACUGGAGUGAUGCAAGCCGAGAGGUGCAAGGUAGCCUUGUCGAAUAGACAUUUUGAUCAGUGCUUCUCGAGUCCAAUAUCUCGGGCAAAGUCAACUGCUGAAGUCAUAUGGAAAGGGAGGGAAGAGCCACUGGUUUUUCUCGAUUCGCUUAAGGAGGCUCAUUUGUUUUUCCUUGAAGGCAUGAAAAAUGCUGAAGCUCGGGCGAUAUAUCCGAGAGAGUACACGACAUGGAGGGAGGACCCAUCUAACUUCAGUGUGAACGGAGUUUACCCUGUUCAGAAGCUGUGGGGAACAGCAAGGGAGGCUUGGAGGGAAAUCUUGAUCUCACCUGGAAAGGACUUCUUGGUCGUGACUCACAAAUCAAUGCUGAGAGCAUUGGUCUGCACAUCUCUUGGUCUUGGACCCGAGAGGUUCCGGGCAGUAGAUAUCAACAAUGGCGGGAUCUCCAUUUUCAACUUCAACACCAAAGGAGAAGCAAUGCUCCAGGCCUUAAACAUGACUGCCCACAUGUAUAGCGAUUACUACUACAUUUACUAGCAGACUGGAGAUGACUGAGAAGUCAAAGUCCAGAAGCUGUGAAGUAGCUACGGAUUACUUCAUUAAAGAUCCAUUUUUAGAGUCUCCUCUGCUAGUGGAUUUGUAUUUCCUGAUGAUCUGUGAACACUCUUUGCAUAUUUCUGCAACACAAGGGAUGCCAUUCAGUCCUUUCCCGAUAGACUAUUCUCGAUAUUACUCGGAAAUGUAAAGUUAUGUAAAUAAUUGGAGUUUUGGAUGCUCAAUUGGCAGUUCUUUUCUCCAUACACUAUAUAUAUAGAGAGGUGAAAGCAGGAAAGUAACUACCUAAA